AUGGAAGAAAGUUUCGAGAAGGAAGAAGAAGAAGACUCAGGAAAUGAAGUAGAUCUUUUGAAAACACACAUUGAAUCUAAGGAGAUAAGAAGUGUGGCAUCGCAAACGAUGGAAACAGAUGAAAGAAAAGAGGGGAAGAAGAGGAGGAGAAGAAAUAGGAAGAACAAAAGUGUAACGCCAUUACAGGUUGACAGCAAUAUUGAACAAGAAGAAAAAGAAGAAGUAUUAGAAAUAUUAGAGGGGUAUCCUUCCAUUGCACCAGUACAAUCAAUUUGGCAUAGCGAUGAUGAGCGACGCAAAAAAUUAGCAUUUCUAUUCUCUAAACAGUUAAUAAGCAACCAACAUGUUGCGCCCCCAUAUGGUCAAAGAUGUGGUUGGGUUCUCAAAAGUGUAACAGAUUUUGGAGAUAGAGGCGCUUUUCUAGAAAUUCAUGCAAAGAAUUGGGCUGCAGUCAAUGAACAAAUUGUUUUGUUGUCAAAAAGGAGGUCACAGUUAAAGCAAGCUGUUGCCAAGAUGGUUCAAGAAUGCUGCACCUAUGUAAAUAAAACUUCAGAUAAGGAGACUAAAGUAACACUUAUAGGCACAUUAAGGAAGGUUACUGAAUGCAAAAUUUAUGUAGGAGUUGAAAGAGUUCGUCUGACUCACAAAUUAGCCAAAAUCUAUGAAGAUGCUGAUGAUAUACAACAAACUGCUGAUAUUAUUUAA